AUGUCGUCUUCACUGGUGGAGAAGAUGGAGGGCAAAACGAUAGUUAUAGAGGGUGUUAUAGAGCCUUCAUCUGUGCAACCACAGCCUCCCACUACACCAUGCCCCAUCUACAGAUGGAACCUACAAAACAAGUACAACUACACUGACAUCCUGUUGCUCAGUUAGUUCAUUCGUUCAGAUGCUGGCAUAACAGGCCUCUGUACUCAGGAACACAACAAGAUUGCAAUUUGUGUGCAGAUGGCCCAUCAUGCAGGUCUCCUACCAGAUCAUAGACCCCAUUUACCAGAAGGCUAUGUAACAAAACCAAAGCCAAACCCACCUCUCAACAGGGACAAUAUUUUCUCAGUACUUUGUGUGAAGCCCAUCUACAAGACAGGGCUAAAGUGGUGCAUGUAUAAAAUGCCUGUAGGAAAUCCUGCCCUAAAAAACAAUGUCAGAUAA